AUGGGUGCCAUCGCUCGGAUCGAGCCGGGAGGGACAACAAAACGGCGAGUCGCGGAAGACAGCCAAUUCUUCGAUCAUCUCGUGGACCUCAUACCGCUGCGCCACUACCUCCCGUCGCAAGCUGACUCUGUCGCCCUGAAGUAUGAGAAGGUGGAGGGCGGCAAGGCAGAGGCGAAACGGGCAGCUAAGGAGCAGUCGAAGAAAGCAAAGAGGCUCAAGCUGGACCCAGCAGCAGCGCAGCGCACCUCCCAGGCGCUGCAGGCGCGGCAGCAGCAGCAGGAGCAGGGGGGAGGGCGCGGGUUGGCGGGCGGAUUCGGGGGAGGUGGUUUCGGGUCAGGGGGAGGGGGAGCCGGAGGGGAUGGGAAGAAGAGCGGGAAGGGGGAGAUGGACGAUCCGAUGGAUCAACUGCUGAAAGAAGCAGGGGAAGGGAAGAAGGGCGGGAAAGAGGAGAUGGACCAGCUGUUGAAGGAAGCAGGUGAGAGAGCGAUGAUUCGCGGUGGGAGUGGUGGGGAGGAGAGGGGAGUGGUGCAAGGAGUGGGGAGGAAGGGGCGAGCAGCGAACUACCAGGAGCUGAGAGCGCGGCUGCAGCAGCGUGGAGUGGAGGUGUCCUUAAUAUUUCCAUUGCCUCUUUCAAUCUUUCCAUCGCCUCUUUCCCUGUCCCCCUAUUCCCUUGUGCUUGCCAGGAGAGUGGGCAGGAAGGGGCGAGCAGCAGACUAUCAGGAGCUGAGAGCGCGGCUGCAGCAGCGACUGGAGGAGCUGAGGAAGCGGAGGAACGCGGAGAGAGCCUCUGCUGCUAGCGAGUGGCGGAAGAAACAGAGGGAGACGGGCGCUGAGGGGGACAAGAAGGGGAAGAAGGGGGGGAAGGAGCGGAAGAAGGGGAAAGGAGGCGUCGGGGGUGGGGGUGAGAGGGAGGGUGCGGUGGUGGGCGGUAAACGGAAGCAGCAGGAGAGGGAAGGGGAUGGGGGGAAGGAGGGGAAGAAGGAGCGGAUUGGGAAGGAGAAGGGUGGAGGGAAGGGAGGAAGAGGAGGGCUAGUGGGAGCAGCAGCAGCAGGAGGAGGAGGAGGAAGAGGAGGGGGAAGAGGGGAGGGGCAUGGGUUAGCAGAUGAUGAGGUGAUUCCUUUGGAUCUGGAGUUUGGGCGGGUGAAGCUGGGGGAUAAGGCAGCAGCAGGGCCGGGGAUGGGAGGCGGGAAGAAGGGGAAGAAGGACGGCGGGAAGGUAUCUGCCAAGAAGCUUCUGGAGCAAGCGGCUAAGAUUCAGGAGAAGCUCAAGGGGCGGAAGCUGGGAGAUAAGGCCUUGGCUGAAGUGGUGAGUUGGCCCUCCUUCCCUCGCGUGUGCUCCUUUGCCUUCCCUCGCGUGUGCUCCUUUGCCUUCCCUCGCGUGUGCUCCUUUGCCUUCCCUCGCGUGUGCUCCUUUGCCUUCCCUCGCGUGUGCUCCUUUGCCUUCCCUCGCGUGUGCUCCUUUGCCUUCCCUCGCGUGUGCUCCUUUGCCUUCCCUCGCGUGUGCUCCUUUGCCUUCCCUCGCGUGUGCUCCUUUGCCUUCCCUCGCGUGUGCUCCUUUGCCUUCCCUCGCGUGUGCUCCUUUGCCUUCCCUCGCGUGUGCUCCUUUGCCUUCCCUCGCGUGUGCUCCUUUGCCUUCCCUCGCGUGUGCUCCUUUGCCUUCCCUCGCGUGUGCUCCUUUGCCUUCCCUCGCGUGUGCUCCUUUGCCUUCCCUUCUCUCUUGCCACCCCCGUUCCCCAGGAGACCCACCUGUGGAAUGCGGCGAGCAGCAGGGCGGCGUGAGGAAAGGAAGGAGAGGCAGAUGGCAGUGCGUAAAGCAAUGAAGGACAGACAGGACAAGCGCAAGGGGAACAUUCAGGAGCGAAAGGACAACAAGAUCGCUGCUAAGAUCGCUCGGGUAGGUGGUGUGAAGUUGAGGGGAGUAUAG